CACACCAAAAAUCCCGUUUUCCUUGUUAUACCAAUCUCUUCAAACUUGAAACCCACAUUACAUUACAUUCCUCCAAAGCCACUCACUCAAACAACAAGAGAAGAGAAGAGAAGAGACAUGUUCACCUCAUCUUCCUUCUCAUUUCACUCCCCAACCCUUCUUCAUCAUCAUCAUCAUCAUCAUCAUCAUCAUCAUCGCACCUCUUACCCUCUCACUCUUUUACGCUUCAACCCCGUUCCCUAUUCUCGCACCCUCUCUUUCCUCCACCCUCCACCGCUACAACCCUUCCCGCCGGCGACCCUCUUCGCCGCCGCAUCAAAAUCUCCGGCCGCCGACAAGUCCGGCGAGCAGAAAUGGGUCCACGAAGGCCUGAUCAUGGAGUCCCUCCCAAACGGCAUGUUCCGUGUUCGCCUCGACAACGAGGAUUUGAUCCUAGGUUACAUUUCUGGUAAAAUCCGAAAGAACUACGUUCGGAUUUUACCAGGUGACAGAGUCAAGGUUGAGGUUAGUCGCUAUGAUUCCUCCAAAGGACGCAUAGUUUAUAGACUCCGUAACACCUCCUCUUAGCUUUACCCAUCAAAACACGCUCCAAUUGGGUUAUGACGAAAACCCUCUUUUCUUUCUUUCUUUCUUUCUUUCUUUCUUCUUUGUUUGAUUUUCGAGCUUCUUUCAGUAGAAAAGAACCAAAUAUUGAGUAUAUGGUUGUUUGUAUUCAAAAAAAAAAGAAAAAAAGAAAGCUUAGUAUGUGGUCUGGUACUGUUUAUUUCAGGUUCAUCUUUUAAUUGCUGUCUUAUUGGUAGUUCUUAUAGCGAUACAAUACAAAGAAUUGUUCCAACUACUAAUAACCAUUCUA